GAAGGUGACUGUCCAAGAGGGAAAUCAGUGGACCUUAAACUCUGGGUCAGCUUGCUGAUAAAAGCAGCAAGCGGCUGGGAAAGUACAAGAGCCCUUCCCUGACUGGAGAAGUCUUGCUUUUGUUGUGCCACUGCCGAGGCUGCCCAUUCUCCCACCUCAGCACCCCCAAGUAAAUGAGCAGAAAUCUUGAAAAGGAGAGAACACGGCAGGAACGUCUGGAAAGGACAUGGCUCAGAGAAGGGUGCAGAACAAGGAGGCCACGCCCUACCUUUAUGUCCCCUCCCUAAAAGAUUCUUACAUUUUCAAAGUGGUUCUUCUGGGAAGCACGGCUGUAGGAAAGUCAAGCCUAGCCUAUCGUUAUGUGAAGAAGGACUUCCGGGACUCUCUGCCUACUGUGGGCUGUUCCUUCUUCACGCAGGUUCUAAGUUUGGAUAACACCACAAUUAAGCUUGAGAUCUGGGACACUGCAGGCCAAGAGAAGUACCAUAGUGUCUGCCAUCUCUAUUACAGAGCAGCGAAUGCUGCUGUUUUGGUUUAUGAUAUAACGAGGAAGGAAAGUUUGGAGAAAGCAAAAGUGUGGCUGUCAGAACUGGAGAAGGAAUUCCUUCCUGAUGAAAUAAUUAUAGCUUUGGUUGGCAAUAAACUGGACCUUUCUGCUGAACGGGAGGUCACAUUACAGGAGGCAAAGGAUUUUGCACAAACAAAGAACCUGCAGUACAUGGAAACCUCUGCAAAAUCUAAUUACCAAGUGACAGAACUCUUCGUGUCUCUGGCUCAUGAAUUGUUAAAACAAGAACAACAGAGAGAGAAGACAUUUCAAUCAACACAAUGGAAGAAAUCACGUGUUGAUCUGCGAGAAACAAGUUUUCCCCAAACGAAAUGCUGCCAAGCAAUCUGAGAUUAGUUGUUCGGUGUGGCUGGCGUUGCUGCUGCAGUAAAAAAUGGAAGCCCGCUUCUCCAAGCCGGAGGGUUUGCUCUGCUUUAUGUGCCUACCUCAUUCAUUGUCACUGUGAAAAGACAUUAAAAAGUAAUAAUAAUAAUAAUAAUAAUAAUAAUAAUAAUACAGUGGUACCUCGGGUUAAGAAUUUAAUUUGUUCUGGAGGUCCAUUCUUAACCUGGAACUGUUCUUAACCUGAGGUACCACUUUAGCUAAUUUCUGUUCUCAUCCUGAAGCAAAGUUCUUAACCUGAGGUACUAUUUCUGGGUUAGCAGAGUCUGCAACCUGAAGUGUCUGUAACCCAAGGUACCACUGUAAUAAAAUUUUAUUUGUAUCCCGCCCUCCCUGGCUGAGGCCGGGCUCAGAGCAGCUAACAUCAUAAAAACAAGACACACUUCCAAAUUAUUUGUAAAAGCUUUCAAUAGUAUAGUUUUUCUUUGGUAUCCAAAUGUAAUAAAGAGAAUAAAUAGAA